AAAGGGGGAAAGAUCAACUAGAACAGGGUAUGCCUGGUAAUUCCUGACACGGUCUGGUACUAGUGUGAGAUAUCAAUCUAGGGUAGAAAACCUAUAAAUUCAGUGGCCCAGCAGGUAGUUGUUAAGUUUGGAGCUAGUUCUCUCUUGGAAGGCAACGAAUCUAGAGAAAGCUUGUAGCAUCGGAGAGACCUUACAAACAUGGAGGUGAAAGCAACAUUGAUCGUUGCCAUUGUGGCUGCUCUUGCUAUCUCGGCUCACGCACGAAGAGAUUUCAAUGAACGGCGAGGAAAUGAGAAUGGCAGAGAGAGAGGACAAGGUCGCUUUGGAGGAAGGCCUGGUGGAAUGCAGAUGGGUGGAUCUAGGCAAGAUGGUGGACCAAUGGGUGGAAGGAGGUUCGAUGGACCUGGAUUUGGUGCCCCACAUAUGGAUGGACGCAGACAAAAUGGCGGUCCGAUGGGUGGUAGGAGAUUCGACGGACCUGGAUUUGGUGGCUCCAGACCAGAUGGUGCUGGAGGAAGACCUUUCUUCGGCCAAGGAGGAAGACGUGGUGAUGGAGAAGAAGAAACUGAUGCUUCCCAACAAAUUGGUGAUGGUCUAGGAGGGCGCGGUCAGUUUGAUGGUCAUGGACGUCGUCAUCAUGGUCACCGUCAAGGUCCACCUCAGGACCGACCAGAGGAACAACCGUUCGGUCAGCGCAAUGAACGCAACGAGGAGGAUGGCCGUCCUCACCCUCACCAUCAUGGCCACCAUGGCCACCAAGGCCACCACCACCGUCAUCAUAACCAGACAGAGGGUCACCAAGGACAUAAUGAGACGGGAGAUCAAGAUCAGGACAAACCAAAUGAUACGAGGCCCUUCCGGUUCAACCACUUCGGCAGACGCAACCACACAGAAGGUCACCAGGGUCAUAAUGAGACGGGAGAUCACCCCCAUCGUCAUCACAACAAGACCGGAGAUGGAGAUCAGGACAGACCAAUGUUUGAGAUGAGGCCCUUCUGGGUCAACCCCUUCGGUAGAAAGCCUUUCGGAGACCGUCCCUUCGGCAGACGCAACAGAACCGAAGAAGGAUCUCCCAGGCGUGAUGGCCACCGUCAUCCCUAUGGUAACCGAGGACGUUGGGGUGAGAAUGAAAGUGAGGAGAAGGAGCAUCCAACGACGGAAAGCGUAACGACAUCUUCACCACCUGAAGUGGUUGAGAUCGCAGUCAAUGAAGAAGACGUCAAUGUGGUCGCCGAGGUGUACAAUUUGUAUAAAAAAAGAUUGCUUGUGUAAAUAUACUAAUAGUCACUAAUGUCUUUCCUUGGACAGAAUGCAUAUCUUACCAGAGACUAAAACAUUAUUGUGUCUAAAAUUCAGAUACAGGAGACUCUUAGCCAGUGAAAGGUGCAUGAAAUGUUGACGAAUUGUUAAACUCUUAUUGAUACUGAAUUUGUCAAGACUUUGUCAAAUAAAAAUAUAUAACUGAACUCAUA